AUGCAGGACGACGCUCAGGGGACGGUGGGCUUGGAUCUAAGUGAGCCCACCAUCAGGUUCGGGAGUUCGCAUGAGUUUCGACAGCCUCGAAGCGAGUCACUUGAAUGGGUUUGUGACACGGCACAGAGCUUUUCGUGCAACACGACCAAGGCUCUUGCCGGGAGAGAAGACGAAGAUUGUGCAUUCGGGCCACCCGAGUAUCAAGUCGAGCGGAUCCCGCAGAGUCAAUUCCUCGGCAAGUGGGGAGAAUGGAAUGCAGCUUGCGAGGAGCCAAGUACCCGAACGGUGAGGGCCCCUCUGCCCGCUGCUACUGCUUCACACACACACACACACAUCACCAUUGCUGGUGCCCUUCAUAAGAGCGCACUUCCCCACGCCCUCGUCCAGCCCGCCCACCAUGGGGAGUGGUUGGCGUCAACUCCAGAGCCCGGGAACCACGCUGCCCAGCGUCGCGGAGCUGCUAUCGUCGUCGUCGUCGUUGUCGAGAACGCCUACCUCACCGCCUACGUACCAUCACCACCACCUAGACCAUUCUCAUUCUGGGCGCCCACUGCCCGUCAACCCUCGAGAUUCCCCUUCGACCCCUCCCCCGGCGCCACUUCCAACACCUGCGCAACCGUCGUCCUGGACAGCCGUCAAUCACCCAAGCCCUCAUGUCAGGUAACUCCUACCGACGCAAGGGAACCAUCUACUACUGCUCUAGAUCAACCGCGCUACCAUCACCGGGAACUCCAGCCUGCCGGCCCGCCCUUCACUUCUGCCUUGACGUCUGAAGAUUGCCAGAGCCUGCAGGACGCAGCACCCUCACAAAGACCAAUCAACAGCCAACGCCAAGACUCGGCCAUCUCGCAGCAACGCAUAGAGGCUUCCACGGACACGCAGUCUUCGGCCUCGUCCUCCGAAUUCCUGUCUUCUUAUUCUCAUCGGAGCCCAAACCACAGUCAGCACCAUCCAGCUAGUCCAAGGCCCAACUCCCAACCAACCACCCCGUCGUCUCCUCCCCUGCUAGUAGCUGAGUCCUGCACAAGCCAAUUGCCCUCACAGUCUAGAGCUCAAUCGGCAGCAAGAGGGCACGCCAAACCACCUUUUCAAGGCAAUCCCGUUUCCAUGGAGCCCGCCAAGCCACAUGAUCACGAAGCCGCCUUCUCUUCGCCCACUGCCAUUGAGUCCGCAACCAAAACUUUGGGCCCAUCUGCUUCUUCAGACCAAACCAACAAUAGUACCACGCGACAGCAACGCUACAACGUCCGCUUCAUCGCUAAUUACACCUCGGAAAACAUGCCACCCUUCCAGAAACCUCGUCCUGAUCCUUCGCCUGCAGUGCCCGCUGCUACUGAGAACAGUGAGCCAGAGCAGUCGGUUACACCGUCGAUAGAGCCCUCUAUGCAGACCGCACCCCCACCCAACCAUCAGCCCACCGAGGAUCCAUCACAUGCCCAACGACGUCGGGACCCCUCAGUCGAGCGAUGUCCAGGAUGCCACGAAGCCUGGAAGCGGCCUCUUCCCAAUACCGAUUCCUAUCGGCACAGCUCACCAGCGGAGAACGGCAACGAUCUCGGCAGAAUGAGCAUGAAUCUGAUAGCAAAACUGCAAGCCCACAAGAAAAAGGCCGAUGCCAUGUACGAGGAGUGGAAGUGGACGCAUAGUCAUUGUCCCCCGCAAGACUACGACACUAGACCACCUAGUGAGGCAGCCACAGAACCACAGCAUGACUUCCACAACCCAAACAGAGACGGCAGAUUACCUGACAGCAAACAUGCUCAAGCGCCAUCCAACAAGCGCAAGUCCGACCUUGCACACGAUAGUGGUGACCAGAAAGUGCGCAAAGUUACUUUCGAACCUCAGUCAACCGCUGCGCCGCCCAUUCGCCCUUCCGCUUCCACAUGA